AUGUCCUCAUCACCAAACGAGUCAAAGGCUCUGUGUGACUACCUCGGAAUAGAGGAAGAGGUGGACUAUGGUAGCGAUACCAGUGUCCGCGGUGACACAGGGACAACGUCCGGCUCACUGAUGCCUGAGGCACAACUUUCGAACACCCCAAAUCCGUUCGCUGAACGUGGAGGUGCGAGCGCGCCGCCAGCGCAGCGUGCAGCAUCUGGGUUUGAUGAGACUAUCAUCGCGAACCCGCUCGAUGAGCAACAACAACUGCUUGUUCAAAGAGAACAAAACGCUCAGCGUUAUGCACAGAUGACUGCAACCCUUGAACGCCAGCGUGAUUAUGUGUUCACCCCACCCAGUGUGGAGGAACGUCUGCGUCAAGCGGCCGGCCAAACAUUGGCAACGUGGGUCAUUGGCCAUGGGCCUAAGACUCCUGAGGAGGUGGUGAGCUGCCAGGCACUUCGUGAGAGGUACCUGGAGCCGCACCUAACGACUCAAAGUCAAUACAAGGCACGCCUUGACAUGCAAGCACGUGGUGCACCAGUUCCACCGAUGAAGGGUAUACCCAUUCUCCUGCUCGCAGGCGAAACAGCGAGUGAAGAAGACGAUGCCUUUGUUCACUGGGUGCACUAUGUGCGUCGCCUCAGCAACAUUUUUGCUCUAAGGGCUAGUGCCCAUGCGGCGGAUGUGCGUCUCGAACGCAAGCUUCGGUAUGAUUAUGCCAAGCUUAAGGCCAGAGGCCAAUUGCGCAAGCGCACGCGCUAUGCUUCGGCUACUAAGGUAGCCGCGAGUGCUGGUCAGUCUGUGACCAACAACCCGCCAACCCGCACCACUAGUGGUGGUGAACGGCCUCGGCCUCGCGAUGACCAUGGCCACGAUGCUCAAAAGCCUCCAAAUCAUAUGGGCAGUCUUGCCGAAGGGGUACCUCAAAUUCCCAUGAGUUUUCAGACUCAGGCAACGUCGGUGGCGGCCGGUGUACCGGUGGAGGCCCACGAGAAAUUGGUUCUCGAAGUGAAGGGUCUUCAAGCGGCCUUGGGUAAGUCCCAGUGCAUGCUGGAUGCGAUGCAAAACCGCCUUCAGGCGAUGGAGCAAGCUCAAACUCGGAGCGAGGCUCAGUUGGACUUGCUGAUUCGUCUACAGCAAUCCGGGGCGGUGCCCUUGUCGUCGGCGCAAGCGCCUCCAAGUUCACAUGGGAAGGAUCCCGGUACGGCUUAA